AUGGCUGACCCAAACGGACGCUACGUGUUCCUUAAAGGCACAAUUGCAGAUAGGAACUACACAUUUGCAUCCCCAUAUGCCCCAAAUACGAACCAACACCGCUUCAUUGCAAGAACUCUGAAGAUGCUGGACCGCUUUCGGGAGGGGCUCCUCGUGGUGGCGGGGGACCUCAAUGUUCCAUUGGAGCUCCGCUGGGACACGUCCAAGGGUCAUUCCGCACACUCUGACACCUGCCGGAGGGUCACCAAAGACGCGCUCCAUGAAGCAGGCCUGGCAGACACCCGGCGGGUCCUCCAUCCAGAGGAAAAGGACUUCUCCUAUUACUCCACGGCCCACCGAGGGUACAGUUGCCUCGAUCAUGUCCUCGUAUCCCAGGAAUAUCUUCAUCUCCUCUAA